UGCGCGGACGCAGCGAGAACCCUGGAAUUCAUUAUGCGUUUAAAACCUUUAUUUAUUUCCGCAUAACCUACAUUCUCUCACCGGGAGGGCCAAAGCGGAGAAACGCAACGACGACGGUCCAUCUCUUCCGGAAAAUACAUCGUUUAUAAAUAUAUUAUUUUUGUCGGAAGGGAAUACCGUUGAGGGAGUGAAGAUUGUAAUAUAUAUUUAAAAAAUGUCCGGUGAGAGAAACCGCAGGUCGCUGGCUUUCCGAGGAGGCGGAUUAGCUGGGUUAACGGGUUCCAGCGGUAUCGGUGGGGGGAACCGUAACAGCUGGGAGGCCCCGGCCUGUCAAGACCGACAUUUUAACGGGAACAGGCCGGACCAAGAGGAGGACAGAGAUCUGGGGGCGAAGGGACCAUCGCAGAAGAGAGCGGAGGGCGCGGGGUCUGUCAGCGAUAGCACGGAACCCGAGGCGGAGGAAGACGAGGACCCGGAAGAAGGCAGCUCGGCAGCCGGGGACUGCGACGGCGACGACCGUGUCGGCUCGGUGGAAGGAGAGAACGGGUCCAGAGAGGGGAAUAGCCUGCCGGAGGUAAACGGUCCAGACAUCGCCGACAGCCGAGAGUCGGGAAGCGGUGCGACUGGGGGCGAGUCGGGAUCCAGGAAAUCGGGGGUCGAGAUGAGACCGCAAACGUUGCUUCAGAAACACUCGUUAUUCCACGCGAAGUGGUUGCAAGAGUUUCCAUGGCUCAAAUUUUGCCAGGGGUCGGGACUCAUGUCCUGCUCUUGGUGUCACAACAUUGCCACUAAAAACAGCGACGAGCUUGCCAAAGGCAGCCGCAACUACAAGCGGGCCUUGCUGCUGAGACAUCACCUGUCUGCGGAGCACGGGAGGAACGACCCCACCAAACAGGAGACGAAGAGGCCCUCAGACAAUGGCAACCCCUCCACUAAUUGCUCAGAGGAAGACUACCGCAACAAGUCCAAUGAGAACUCCUACUGCUACCAGCUUCUCCAGGAGCUGGACAAGCAACGCAAAAGUGGCAUCCUCUGUGACGUCAACAUCGUCGUCUCGGACCGGGUGUUCCGCGCACACAAGAACAUCCUGGUGGCGGGCAGCCGCUACUUCAAAACCCUCUACUGUCUGACCAAAGGCGAGUCUCCGGACCAGGCCACCAUCACACACCUGGAUGUUGCUGCUGUGCAGGGCUUCUCCGUUAUCCUGGACUUUCUCUACUCUGGGAACCUGCUGCUCACAAGCCAAAAUGCCAUUGAGGUGAUGUCCGUCGCGAGUUACCUCCAGAUGUCAGAGGUUGUACAUUCAUGUCGGGCUUUUAUAAAGAGUGCCCUGAAUAUCAGCAUCAAGCAAGAGGCUCCCGAUUCAGUGGUGGUGGACUACAACAAGAGGCAGACGGUGUCCAGAGAGGGACAGAGAGGGCUGGACCGGAAGCCAGGCAACUUCUGGGCCACCAGCAUCCUGUCCAAGCUGUCGAUCAAGGCCAGCAGCAACAAUCAAGGAAAGGAAGCGAUGGAUGAAGAAGACGAAGGUGGCAGGGUGAAGGAUGAGACCAGCGAUAUCGAGGUGACGAUGGUCGGCGAGGGCUGUGCCCUGGUGACCCCCGGAGCCUCCGGUAACUGGACCCACGACAACUCGUCUGACUCAGGAGAGCCCAAUGAAACGCGGUCGGCGAGUGGCCAGGUGCAGGUGUUCGUCUGGAACAAGCCAGCCAAAGGUGGCGCUGCAGCGGCGCCCGCAGCCAUAAAACGAGAAGCGCCAGAUGCUGCGGCAGGAAGCGGACGGAGGAAAAAACAGACCACCACGCGGCGAUUCGUGUACAACUUUCCGCCAGAACCCGAGGAUGGAUUUGACGAGGGGAUGUUCAUCCAGCCUGCUGCCUCCUACCCCAGAGAGGACUUCUCCUCCCUCUCCGAAAAUGCUGAGCUGGCCAAUCAGAUCCAGUAUAGCAUCAUCCAAGACUUACAGCAAGGGGAGUCCUGGGAGAAUGGCGAGUCCUCACACCUAGCUCUCAAUAAGCUCAAGUGCCCGCACUGUAACUACAUCGCCAAGCACCGGCGCACGCUCAAGAGGCACCUGAUCAUCCACUCGGGCGUGCGCUCCUUCAGCUGCGACAUCUGUGGCAAGCUGUUCACCCGCCGCGAGCACGUCAAGAGACAUUCCCUGGUGCACAAGAAGGACAAAAAGUACAAGUGCAUGGUGUGCAAGAAGAUCUUCAUGCUCGCCGCCAGCGUGGGCAUCCGCCACGGCUCGCGGCGCUACGGCGUGUGUGCGGACUGCGCGGACUCGCACCAGGCCACUCAGGAGGGCCUGGAGGGCAUGGAGUUUCCUCGCGACGAAGACUUCGAAGGCGAGGAAGGGGAAGACCUGAAUGGGGAGGAGCCUACCGACAACGACCAAUCAAAUUGGGGUGAGGGCAACACUGGUGCUGCCCCGGAAGCGGACUGAGAAUUUUAACAAGCUUGAGAAACAAAACAAAAAAAAGUUGAUGUUUAAUAUAUAUGUAUACAAAAACUAGCUGGUAAACAAUCAACUCCAAAGUGCUAUCAAACCUUGAGGUUACUUAAUUGUGCAAAUAUAUGACAAAGAGAUGGAUUUAAAAAAAAGCUUUCGUCGCGGGAACUCCAAGAUGUACAGAUUUUAUUAUUGUUAAAUGUGUCCAUCUCUGGGCCCAGAGACCACGAGAGAACGAUUCCAUCGGCGAAUAAUAUGAUAAAUCAGGUUUUUGGUGAUGUGUUUUUGUUUCCUGUUUUCCGGGGGGGUGGGGGGAGUUGGGCAGGGUGAUGAUGUAGUUUUGAGUUGGGGUAGGCCAAUCAUCUUAAAAAAAGCAAAAUUUUUAAUUAUUUAAUUUAUGAAGAGAGGUUAUUAUGGUCUUAUCAAUAAUUUUUUUGUUUUUGUCUGCAAGCAGAAGCACAGACAUGGCUGUUGCUUUUGCACAAUCUGAAAGUAUAUCGCUUUGUGCUUGUAGAAGUACACAGAAGAAGAGCAUUAUUGUCCACAGGAAGAUUUGUAACUUGCUCUGUAGAGUUUAGAUGCGCUAAAUAUUAUUAUAUUCUUUUCAAAUUUUCUUUCUUUCCCUGUACAAAUCUUGGAACCAAAAAAAUCUGUUUUGCGACUCUAAUGUAUCACAGCCAUAUUUAUGAUUAAUUUAAGAGGGCUGUGGUAUUGUGCCAAACAGACCGCACACCAAGAUUUAGCAGGAAGCAAAAACUACUGAAUACGCUUAGAAGAAAUCUACAAGAGACGUGAGGUUUUUUGUUAAGCGGGAAAAAAGAUGACAACAAAAAAAACGAAAGUACAAGGGGAAAUGUUAUUGCUAGCUUUAUACAAAUCACGGCGUCACAGUAACACUUUAUUAUUAUUAUUAUUAUUAAUAAACAAAAGCAUUUGACUUUCACUUAAAGCUUGAAUUUUGCCAAAUGACGAAACGUUUGGUGCUGUAAUGCUUGUCGCAGAAUACUGGACCUACAGGCUAUAUAUGAUGUUUAUAAUCAUGAAGCUUAAACUGACUCAGUUAAACAUAUGUAAUCAGCUUAACUAUAGAACACUGUUGUGCUACGGCGACUAUCAGGUAUGCUUUGCCAUUGUUUUUAAGCUUUUAUUUUAUUGAAUGCACACACACACACAUACCAUUUUGUCGAACUACCGGCAGUACUUGUAAUUGACAUUUUAAGGACCUAAUAGACAUCAAUACCUGUAUACGUUUGUUUAUAUUUGGUACUGAGUUGUAAAGUAAAUACAGUAUACAUAGAUAUAUACAUGUGUAUGUCUAUCUAUAUUUUGAAUCACUUGAACGUUGAAAGAAGAAAGUCAGGAUGUGUGAUGUUGACGUCUGACAGAACUCCAUUUUUCAUGUGUAAAAGGUAAACAAAUUGUCACCGGUUUAAUUAGAUGUAGGUUUGUUUUUAUUUCUUCAGGUCUGCCAGGUAGAAAAACACUUUGUUCCACAAAAAGUGAAGCUCUAUGGCGCCUCAUAGACAUGCACUUACUGUUGUGUUCAUGAAACUUUUUUUAUGUUUCUUCGUUUCCCCAAAAGCGGGUCUGAAUGGAACUAUAUAAACUGUUGUGUCUUUCUUCCAAUGCGCAACUUUUUUUAUUAGACAUUUUGAUUUUGUUAUUUAAUAUUAUAUAUUGACUCCAAAAUGCAAUCAAGACUGUUAAUUUCUAUUUGUCCAACCAAAAUUGUGGUUUUUAAUUAUUGUUGAACUAUAAUGUAUGAGAAAAGCCAGGUGAAAACUUGCUUAGUGUAGAAAAUCCUUGCUCGUGUCUGUAAUUGUUGAGAUUUUUUAAAUGUUUUUAUGCUACAGAAUCAUUCACUUUACCCUGGAUACAUAAUUUUGUGAUUUCCACAGAUGUUUUCUUUCUCCUUUGUUAUUUCAUAAAGCACAUAUUUUCUAAAGAAACACGGAUUGUUUGCGGGUUAAAACCUUGGAACAGCAGCAUCUGUUCAUAUGCAGUGGAGUGUCCAGAAUAUACUGAAGUGCUAAUGAUCCAGAAGAUGUGUAACCUCCCUUUACUCUCAGUGGAAGAAGAUAUAUUUUAAGUCAGAGAUAUACAUCCUCUUCCUGUCACUUUUACCUUUAAAUCACUGUGGGAAGGGUUAUGUUACGGAUAAGAUAUAUAUAUCUAUAUAUGUGGAGAUUAUAUGAGAUAAAUAUAUAAAUAUAUAUAUGAAGAAUAUAUUAUUUAACCAGUGGAUUUACUUAUGACGGUCAGCUCCAAACCUCCUGGCCCGGUGGUCCAUGUCGCUGGACGUUCUCCUUCCUCCUUCGCUCUCUGUUCACGCUGUGUGCUUUGCUCAUUACGCCAUCCUGUUGUCUUGUUUGUUCUUUUGAUACGAUACCAUCCUACUGAUUUUACUGUAAUGAAUGAAACUCAAAACUAUGAUGUAUCAUUUUAGAUUUUAUGCUGUAUUUGUUAUAUGGACAAAAACAACAACACACAAAACGAAGCAAAAACACUACAGAUUUAAAGCAGAGGUUUUUUUCCCCAGCUGUAUUUUUUUACGCUGUUGCAAAAGGUUGUAUUUUUCAAUUUCUCUCGAACUUUAACAGUGAUGCAAAACUUGGGCCGCGCCUCAGUGCCCUCCGAACACAAAGCAAAUUCAGGUUACUCUUUUUACGUUUUUAUCAAAGGUUUUCAAAGAUGGAACUACAGUCUCCUUUUUUCUGUCUGAAUUGUACUACUGUUCCUCUCUAUACUACAUUUUAAGAAUAAAACUUUGAUAUUGCUUUAA